GGAAAUUGAUAAAGUGCGCAUGAGCAGCCGCAUCCCAGGAGGGAGGUGGUAUGCAAGGGCUGCAGCUGCGCAGUGGAAGCGAGGCGCCGGCGCGUAUGUUCUUCAAAGAGCUGUUGCGGCAAAGCAGAGCGCAUGCGCUCUGGAGACGGGACGAAGGCUUCUGCGCAUGUGCCUCGGGGCGCCGGUGCCAGAGGGGCUUCAGGGCUCGCCUUGUUGCGCAUGCGCACUGAUGGGCCACGGUCGCGCUCUAGAGGCGAGCGCAUGCGCAGCCUAGUGAUCCGAGCGGGAACGCAUGUGCAGAGGCGCCUGGACGGCUGGAGGGGGCAAAAAGGCGUCAAAAUGGCGACCAGUCAGCUUGGGGCCUGGGCCUGGGCCUGAUUGCGAUUCCUUCUGCUCUGCCUUCGCCUGCUGCAGCCUGAGUACGGACCUGGAGCUGCCCCCGGGGCAGCCAUGGAGUCCGUGGUGACGGAGGAAGAAGGGGAAGUGACCUCGGGGAUGCAGCUGCUGGCCGUGGAGGAUCCUGCAGGCCCCGAGGAGGCGCCGGCCGGGGCAGAGGAGGAGCUGCAGGGGCAGCAGGAAGAGACGGUGGCAGGCGGGGAGGAAGACUGGUGCGUGGGCUGUAGUGACGAGGAGGUGGAGGCCCCCGAGGCCUGGAUGCCACCACCUACUGAGAUCCGGCGCCUGUAUGAGCUCAUCGCGGCGCAGGGCAGCCUGGAGCUGCAGGCCGAGAGCCUGCCCCGCCGUGCCCCCACGCCCGAGCCCGACAGCGAGGAGGACGAGCGCUCAGAUGGGCCCCCGGCCAGCGAGGAAGAGGAGGAGGAGAAGCCCCACGUCCCGACUGAGUUUGACUUUGACGAUGAGCCUGCCUCACCCAAGAGCGCCCUCAUCGACCGUCGCAGAGCACCAGGCGCACGCAGCCAGAAGCGGGAGGCGCGGCUGGAUAAGGUGCUGUCAGACAUGCAGCGCCACAAGCAGCUGGAGGAGCAGAUCCUGCGCACCGGGCACGACCUCUUCCAGCUGGACAGCGGUGAUGAGCCUAUGCCCAAGCGCCCAUCUGGGCUCUUCCUGCGCCAGCGCAAGUACUGACCCCUUUGCAGGGCCCUGCCGCUGCAGGAACCUCAAAGCCCGGGUGUGAUAAGGUGACAGAUGAGAGGAGCAAUGAACACCUGGCCCAGCCAAUGGUAGCAGGGACCAACGGCUGGGGGGGAUGAAGUGGGACCAGCUCCUGGAGUGACGGACAGCUGGCCCAGCUCAUGGGAGCCCGAGGAGAGGUUGGAGGGGAGUUGAAGUUGCUUGAUUAUGGUACAGGGGCCACUCCCAUCCUGGCUAAGAGCCUGGCCACCCAGGGAAGCCCCAAUAAAGUGUCUGCUGCCCCAUC